CAAACAUAUAGACCUCGAGAAAAGUGGUCAAGCGAGCUAGUUGUCUUCCCCCCUGAGCCCACCUUUGUGGUUUCCAGCAACGCGAUGAGCUCGGAUAGGGAUGUUGGCAAAAUUCAGAAAGACGUAAUCGAAUCAAUAGAUGUGGAUAUGAAUAGAUUUGUGGACAAAACACUUCAGGACUAUGAAGUUCUGGCCGUAAUGGGCAAUGGCGCCUUUGGCACUUGUUACAAGGUGCGCGACAAGAGUACCGGCGAACUCUUUGCCUGGAAGGGCAUGAACUAUGACGAAUUGGACGAGGAUAAAUGCGAGUCCUUAAUUUCGGAGAUAAACGUGCUGCGUCAGCUGCAGCAUCCAAACAUUGUGCAAUAUUACCAUCACUUGGUGAAUCGUGAGGCCAAAUCCAUAUACAUUGUGAUGGAGUGCUGUGCCGGCGGUGAUCUGGCCCAGUUAAUUCAGCGUGCGCGUUCCCAGCGCCAACGCUUUGAAGAGCGCUACAUUUGGCGUGUACUCUUCCAGCUCUGUCGUGCCCUGCAGGUGUGCCACAACCGUAUACCUGUCGGAACCAUACUGCACAGAGAUAUUAAGCCGGCAAAUAUUUUUUUGGACGCCUCGGGAAAUGCAAAGCUGGGAGACUUCGGACUGGCACGCGUCCUGCGUCGAGAUCAGAGUUUUGCAGCCUCCUUUGUUGGUACGCCGCACUAUAUGAGUCCGGAACUGGUCAAGGGGAGGCAGUACGAUCGCAAGAGCGAUGUCUGGGCCGUUGGCUGUCUUAUCUACGAGCUGUGUGCACUGCGUCCGCCAUUUCGGGGCCGUGCCUUUGAGCAGCUAUCGACGAAUAUUGCGCAGGGACAGUUCAGCAACAUUCCGCCAGUAUAUAGCAAAGAUCUGCAGGAUAUUAUUGCCUUCAUGCUUGCUGUGGACCAUGAGCAGCGUCCCGGCAUUGAGGUAAUUGCACGGCAUCCAUUGGUGGUACGCAACAUAAGCGAACCAGGUGGUGAAUUUCCACACCUAGUGGCCGCCGAACAGGACUUCUAUGCUGCAGUGGCUGGAAAGCUCUUUGAUGAUGACGUGGCUCUGGCCGCUCGCUCCGUAGAGCUGUCCAGCACCAUGUUCACGGAACAGUAUAGUUUUAAUGAGGGCUAUGGCCAGCGGCGUUUGAGCAUUUCAGGAGUGUUUACGCCCGACCUACGUAACGAGCUCUUCUACUCGGCUAAGAGACGUAUUUUUCCGGGCAAGCAUCUCCAGAAAUCUGACCCUGCACUGUAUGAGAGCAUAAGGCGCGAGGAGCCAGCGUUGCCCACUAAGUCGGAGCCAAAGACGGGGCACAGUCCGGCGCUGCUGACGCAGGACGUAUUCGAUGAUGUACUUCAGAUGCGACUACAUGCUAUACGGGCUCAGGAAUCUUUGCUGGAGCAGCGCGCCGCGGAGCUUCAAGCGCGAUCCAGUGAGCUGCUCAAGUCAGAGCAACGCGUCCAAGCUCUGGAGCGAGAGUUGCAGGAGAAGCUGCGCCAGACGGCGACACCAUGCCAAUGCCAGACAGCUGCCAUGGCACCGCCAGUGCCACCUCGCAGACCGCCAGUCGCCCGUCAUGAUGACACCUACUGCACUAUUGAGCUGAAUGAGUCGGCAUCGCCGACGGUGGCCAAGUUAAAUUUGGCCACGCUGCCAGCGCCCAAAUCUUUGCAGAAUAACUCUAACAGCACGCUGCGGAAGGUUACUUUUCAGUCGCCGCAGAAAUUCACAAAGUAUGGCACUGAGAAUGUUCCUCCGCUUCCGAUUCAAACGCAGCCGCAGCAGCCCAUGCAGACAAGCGUCUCCAGCAAGGGCAGCACAGAUGACUCUGGCGACUCUGGGCAUGCAUCGUCCACAUCCACUCGCCGCAAGUCCAUUCUCGCGCUCUUUGGGCUGAGUAGGGCGGGGAAGCCAGCACUGGCCAAAUCAGCCCAAGCGCCAACUGUCAAUAAAAUGCAGCCUCCACAGCAGGUGAGAGUCCCACGUCCGCCCUUGGCGGUCAAAAUGGCACCACAACAGCAGCAGCAACAACAAUCACAACAUCAGCAAUUGGCCAAUAUUUGGACCAAGGAGCAGAAACGCGCCGCCUUCGAUUUGCUCGCAGCUAUGAACGCAGCCGAAAAGGAUGCCUCAAAUGGGGCCACCAGUGGUGCCCGGCAGCGGCAACAUUUACGCCAGUCGGUGCGCGAGCGCAACUCCACACUGCAGCGCAGUCGCAUGCGUCGUUCACUUGUAAUUGGGCAGCAGAAACAACAACUGAUGGCAACGCGCGAACAAAUGCUCAUCUAAAUGCAAAAACAUAAAUAUACAUAUACAAUACAUACUA